UUAUUGAUUAUUAUCCUUCUUCUCCUGUGUUUUUGGAGCUAUUUUCCCCUUCUUUUUUUUAGCAAUUUUGGUUCAGAAAAUGGCUUCAGACCUGAAUUAACAUGAUCUUUUAGGAUCUGCUUAUUUUAUUUUAUUUUUUUAGUUAAAAAAUGUCAUCAAAUGCUUGAAAUUAAAAGGAUCAUUGGAAACUUCAGUAUAGUAUUGAGGUUUUAGAGUCUAUGAUAAGAAACGUCCAUCUUUUUUUAUUCUAUAUUUUUGCCUUGAAAGUGCACAGAUUAAGCUUGAAUUUGCAACAUGAUUUGAUUUUCUGUUUUUUCUGGGGUUGGGAUUCUUUUUUUUCCUUUUAAAGUGUAUCUGAUUCCUCUUUUUUUCGUGCAUGGUCACUGUUUUCUUUUCCUUUUGAUGUUCUCUCAUGUUUAUGAAGCUCUGAUGAAGCUUUAGUAGGAUCUGUUGGUUUCAUACCCUAUCUAUUGUUUUUUUAUUGUUAUUUUUUUUGUCAUUAAUGGGUGCUUUCUUAUGUUCAAUAUGAUCUUUCUCAAAAUUGGAUGUGCAAACCUGUUUGUCUUUAUAGUUUGAAGCUCUGCCAAUAAAAAAUGCAAGUAUUUAAGCUUAAAUUAAUAAAAAGUCCAUCUUACAAAUUAGGUACAGAAUGAUAGGGAUGGCUGAGGUUUUCAUGUCUGCUGAUGUUUCCCAAAAUUUUAUGCUUUUUUAUUGUAUAAUAAGAAGCCCACCAGACUUUGAUAAAUGAGUGAAUUGAUCUUCCUCUUGUUUAUUUAUCUUUUUAUUAUCUUCAUUUGUUAUUAACCUCGUCCUUCUUGUUCUUCUUUUCGUGAUUGUUGGUGACGUCACAUUUUUAUAUGCUUAUGAUUGCUCAGUUUUGAUUAUGUGGGGCUAGCUCUCUUGAUUAAUAUGUGCCAUGUCAAAAAUUUUGCUUUGCUAGAUGUGAGUAUCAGUUUGCUAAUGAUCAUGCUUGGCAUAUUGUUUUUAGUGAAAAGUUAUAUACUUGGGCCCCCAAUCGCAAUGGCAGUUGAUCCAGUAAAUGUCUCUGAGUUUGAAGAAUUAGCUAGACAAGCACUUCCUAAGAUGUACUAUGACUAUUAUAGAGGAGGUGCUGAGGAUGAGUAUACCUUGAAGGAAAGCGUUAUUGCCUUUCAAAGAAUAAUGAUUCGUCCAAGGAUUCUUAUAGAUGUGACCAGUAUAAAUUUAUCGACAAAUGUACUGGGAUACCCUAUUCAGGCACCCAUUAUGAUUGCUCCAACAGCAAUGCACAACUUGGCACAUCCUGAAGGAGAAUUAGCAACAGCCAGAGCUGCAUCAGCAUGUGGUUCAAUCAUGGUAUUAUCGACUCAUUCUUCCUUUACAAUUGAGGAGGUUGCGUCGAGCUGUGAUGCUGUUCGAUUCUUUCAGUUAUAUAUAUUUAAGGAAAGGGAACUUUCAGCUCAAUUAGUGAAAAGAGCAGAGAACAAUGGGUACAAGGCUAUCGUACUAACAGUUGAUGUUCCCAGGUUUGGUCGAAGAGAGUCAGAUAUACGAAACAAAAUGAUUUCGCCUAAGUCAAGAAACUUUGAAGGUCAAUUGUCAUUGGACAUCAAGAAGGAUACGGGUUCUAAUUUAGCAUCCUUUGCAAAUCGGUAUAUGGAUGCUUCUGUCACUUGGAUGGACAUAAAGUGGUUGCGAUCAAUAACGAACUUGCCAAUUCUGAUCAAGGGCGUGCUUACUGCUGAAGAUGGUAUACAAAUUAUUUGUAUUUUCAUACUUUCAUCAAGAAGAGAAAAUACCACUAAAUGGGUGUAUAUAUAUAUUUGGGAGCCCAAAUUCAAAUUGCUCUCCAUUUCUCUACUAAACCUGAAUUUUAACUCCGUUACCAAAAGAAUAUACAAUUCCUCACUUCGUGCCUUCAUCUUUAUAUGCUGCUCUGUAUGUGUGUUUUGCCUUUCGAAACACAAUGCACUGUUUCUGAUGUUUGCUGCUUUAUUUGACAUUUUCACUUUUAAACAUCCCAAUAGCUUUGUUUUCUAUGUGUUUGGGUGGCAGGUGGUUCAAGCGGUUGGUGGAAAGAUUCCUGUUCUCCUUGAUGGCGGUAUUCGUCGUGGAACAGACAUCUUCAAAGCACUGGCAUUAGGUGCUCAAGCUGUCUUGAUUGGGAGGCCUGUGGUGUAUGGACUGGCAGCCAAUGGGGAGAGUGGGGUGAAUAAAGUUAUGAAGAUGCUGAGAGAUGAGCUUGAGCUCACAAUGGCUCUCGCUGGUUGUUGUUCUCUGAAGGAAAUCACUAGAAGCCAUGUCCAAACCGAGCAAGAUGGAUUCAGAUCCAUGCUUUGAUGACAUCUCUGAUACUCACCCAGAGAGCGACUCUAAAGUUGCACCGUGCAUAACGUUUGCUAGUUGUGUGUGUUGGAAGUGCAGGACUUUCACACUGGUGUGUUCUAAUUUGUGGGGUGUAAGUUGCACUGUGCAUAACGUUUGCUAGUAGAGUGUGUUGGAGAUGCAGGACUUUCACACUGGAGUGUGCUAAUUUGUGGGGUGUAUGGAUUCGUAUGCGUAUGCGCAUUGUUUUUCGAACUGGUGGAGGGAUCUUCGAAGCUU